GACAUCAAUCGAAAAUCUGAAACUGUCGGAAAAUUUUAUGUGACGAAAACUUUCGCGCUUCCUUUGGUUAAACCUUCAAAUCAUUCGUAUAUUUUUGUAGAACGGGUUGGUAGUGAAUUUCUGAUACGUAUAGUUCGCCAUAUAAUGAUCGCCGACCUAAGAGUUUAAUGAAAAAUGCAGAAUUUUGCCAUUUAUGGUGUUCGACAACUGCCAGAUAGAUGUAUUUUUUCAUAUGAGAAGUCACUAUAACAGGUUGAGGAACGUGCAAAGCAUUGUCGAUUGUUCUCCCCCGAAAUCGUUGAAACGAAUCAGUCACUCAGAGCCAAGUUUUCAACAUGUGGAAAUGGCUCAUCUUCCAAUACACAGUUAUGGAAUGAAGAAACAUAAUUGCGGAUAUAGUAACUUGAAAGAUGACUUGACACCUGCGUGUCACAACCCACCUUCCGAAAUUAAAAGAUUUCCUCCACGUCCAAAGACGAGGCGCCAUCCAGAAGAUUCACCUCGUGGCCGGCCGGAAAAAACACCGAAAUCAUCUGGGAAUAAAUCCUCACGUUUAUCCAAGUAUCCAUUGUCAUGUACUGGAUAUUCAUAUCAGACUAAAAAACCCAAGAAGGACAAUUUACCGAAUCAAAAUAUGAAUUCAGAAGCUUGUACCCUGGUCCAUGUUCCCUGUGCAAGCGCCAGAAGUUCUUGCCCUAGUACAGUUCGAUAUGACCGCUCAGAUAAAGGGUCUGUGAAGAAAAAAAACCAACCAUCUUCUCCACUUAUGCAUACAGAUGGUGAAAUCAGUCCCACACCGAAUACUGUUUCAUCACGGAGUGCUAAGCCAAGUUUAGAGGAACAAGAGUACCUUCAAUUUCUCUUGAGGAUCACGGAAGAUAUUAUACGUAACGACCUGUACAGUAAUAAAGAGAUGAAAAAGGUAUUUACGAGCCAUGUUAAAGCAAACAGCAGUAGGUUAGAGUUGGAUCGCAUGCUUCUAAGGAUUUACGAACUGAUGAAAGAACUUAACAUACCUCUGGGCCUCGAAACAGAAGAAAAUGCUAGCGCAUCUUGGACAGACAUCGAAACAGCGAUGAGAGGUCUUCUAUGUCUGGAAAAUAUAAAAUCACAAGAAAACCAGAAUAAAUUAGAAGAAGAUUUCAAAAAUAAGACGCUGGCUAAAGAAAAAUGCAUUUGCUUCGAUCUCAGAGCUACAUACCCCGUGAAUGUCCCUAACAAUGAUAAAAAGGGGGAUGAAGAUUUGAAAAACGAAGGUUAUACUCCCACAGAUAAAUUCAAAAUCAGCCUAGAUCGUCUGACGGAACAUACAGAACCGCCAAGUUCACGGGCAACUUGUAAAAUAUCGACAAGUUUCUCGAAUUUUGGAGAUGUGGAUAUUCUACCUGGGUUUGAAUGCCUUGAAACUCCGAAAGUUUCGAAAGGUGUGCUAUGUGAACUCUACAGGAAAGAAAAACCAUUGCCCAGAUCGAUCAAGACGAUUUGCCACUGUCACUUAGCCAAGAAAAAACCCAAAAUUCGCAAGCACAAAAUCAAACGACACAAGAAGAUGAAACAUAAAGAGAACAUAGGUCAAAUUGAAAUAGGUAUUCCAUCAACAAGAGACCGUAGAAAGUAUGAAACGGAAAAUAUCCAAUGUGAAAUAUCGACAUUUAAAGAUAAUGAUAAACCAAUUAUAAUAUCUCUUCAUGAAUGUAAGGCGGAAGAGCCCAUUAAUAAAGUCGAGAGUAAUGAUCUCGACGGAAGGAACCCCAAGAACGAUUAUAUCUUAAUUCAAGGGCCCAUUUACUUAUUGAAAGCAUUUCUUGAGGAAAAUCCCCAAUUACUCAUGGCGAAAGAAUCACCUUUCGUGAAGAAAGUGGUACCUCCUUCGGAAAUUCCUCUCAAAGCAUCGGAAACACUCAAACCUACGUUGGAAAAUUCAGGAAAAAUGAAAGAAGUCGAAAAGGAAUCAGAAGAUUUCGUGAGUACCGAUGAAAAAUUGGAACCUGAAUGUUUUCAAGAAAUCCAAAAUAUACUUGUAGAGUUGACAAAAAUGUCUGUGACAGAGAUUCCGUCAGAAGACCUAGGAUUAGAUUAUUUAGAUAUGAAAGAUGGCUGCGGUAAAACUGAGGUUCCAGAAGGAACAGAGAUGAACCGAUUGUGCAAAGAAACGUGCCCGCAUAAAUCGAUGUGUAGUAAGCUACGUCUAGCCACGUUACAUACAAUGUCUCCGAAAGAAGACAAUUUAUGGAACGAUGAGUACGAUUUGACACCUCAAAAAGAUUGCCAAGAGGAACCAGUGGUACCAACAAUUAUUAUGCAAGAUUUCCUGACAACUAGAGAAAUUCAAACGGAAGAUAUCCCGCAUAGUCCGACGGUAGUAGGAGCAGCACUUAUUUCUUACGACGACUCAUCUGAACUGGAACACCCAGACGCUAUAGAAGUUGAUUCACAACAAUCUGGGCCCAAUAAAGAUGUGGAGCCAAAACUUAGCGAGGAAAAUAAAGAAGACAUACAAAAAACAUCACCAGCUAACGAUUUUUUUGCAUUCGAAAAAGAAAUAACCGAACCGACAAACUACAACAUUUUGUCGAUGGCUACGAAGCAUCUGGAUGAAGGUACGGAUGCCAGAAAUCAUCUCUCAGAUGUAAAAAUACCAAAAAUACCAGUGGUGAACUCUUACCAAACUAAUGACACAUUGCCCACAUUAGCAUCAACUGCAACGGUCGAACGUACCAAGCAAUUCCUAGAGAUUGAGGAAGAACUGCAGAGGAAGAAUGUUAACCCCCUUUUUUCUAUUUUGAAUGAUUAUCAAAAUAUUUCCAAUUCCAAGGAUGACAGCGGAGAUAUUAGACAUCACCGGAAAGUGUCUAUCCUAAAGAAUCCCAUAGUUCAGGUACCGAUCGACAAAAUGUUCACAGAAAACGAUGAUUCGAAGAAGAAGGGAGAAUCGAUUAUAAGAACUGUGGAGAUCUUGAAAGACCGCCAAACCGUCAGAGAUCCUUAUUUGGACAAGGUCUUGCAGGAGAUCGAGAGCAGCAGAGAGUCGAGGACACCGGAAAAGUUAACCAGUUCAGAAGUGUCGGAAAAGUCGGAUCAUUUGGCCAUGCCCGGUCCAUCCGCUCUAAAAAACACCGGCAAAUCUCCAUAUUACGCAGACGCUCUGCUUGACGACAACUUGGAUGCAAGCUACGACGAACUUCCAAUCAGAAUAUCAUCUCAGGAGCAAAAAGAUGAGAUUAUCGGUAGUGUUGGACAGACGUCCAGCAGUGGCGUCAGCUCCGAGGCGGUCUCCGAGCAGAACUUCUUGUCUCAGCUCGACGAGCAAGCUGAAAUCAGAGGAACUCCCAGUCAGAUAAGGCAGAUCAAAACGGUCACUGCUAAACUGGAAGAGUUCAGGCACGCGAAUGAUAAGGACGACAAGGAAAUAUCUGCUACCUUGGAUAAGCUGGUUGCAACCCUGAAAGAGCAACAGGAGAAAGAAGAGGAAGUUCAAGUCAAGAUUGACGAACGUGAUGAUACAACAAAACCAGUCACAUCGAACCGAAAGAACUCUCUCAGAUGUUGCGGCUUAUGCAAAAAAAAGAAAGCACAACCAGCUCUCCCUUUGAUUGAACCAACACAAACGAAUACGUUCUCCGAAGAAGAUUAUAAAGCGAAAAGUGAAGCUUUCGAAUUGGCGCUUGCAAGUUUAGGCCAGAGGCAGAAACCUUCCGAAGUAGAAGAACAAAAAGAAAAGCUAAAAAAAUCCUCGAAGGGUGAUGAAGAGACAAAAUCGAGUGAAUAUGCAGGACCAAGUCCCAUUGUCCACAGUGGCAACAGACUAUCCCUGGUAAGGAUUGCCGAUGAAAGAGAAAAUGACAUGGCAGUGCUGAAUGCAGAUUUCGAAGUGAUUUCGACUAAAAUAUCAAAUGAUCGAAUAAAACACAUCUGAUAAGCCUAUUCCAUUUCAUUAAAGCAUAUUUCCAUUCUCUGCAACAUUGAUACCUAAUAAAAAAACAUCGAUUAAA